GCUUCUCUCUUUGGCCGGGAUUGAGACGCUGAAGGCGCGGCGUGUGGCUCGGAGCCGGUUGAGGUCAGUUCCGCUCCUUUGCCCAGCCGUCGCUCGGAGGUCCCGCGGAGCCAUUAGUGGCCUAGUCUGGGAGCAGCGCGGAACGGCUCAGAGGCAGAGUCUCUCAGCUCUGGGGCUUGCAGCUUCCAAGGAGUUCUUGAAUCCAGUUGGAGACCCGCACAGCUUUCCCUUCCAACCACGGCGGAGUCGGUCAAACCCACCCACUGCCGUGUUGUGAUCUAUUUGCAGAAGGAGAUGUCUGGUGACACCUGCUUAACAAACCUCUGCCCUGCUUCAGGAGCAAAGCCGAAGAGGUGCAGCUCCAAAGUCGGCACUCUUGGCAAUAAGUAUGUGCGGCUCAAUGUCGGGGGCUCCUUGUACUACACCACCGUGCAAGUGUUGACACACCAUGACACCAUGCUGAAAGCUAUGUUCAGCGGAAGAAUGGAGGUGCUCUCCGACAAGGAAGGCUGGAUCCUGAUCGACCGCUGUGGGAAGCAUUUUGGAACCGUCUUAAAUUACCUUCGGGACAACACGGUCACUCUACCCAAGAACCGGCAGGAGAUCAAGGAGCUGAUGGCCGAAGCCAAAUAUUACCUCAUCCAGGGCUUGGUGGACCUCUGUCAAGCUGCCUUGCAGGACAAGAAAGAGACCUACUAUCCUCUCUGCAAUAUCCCUGUCAUCACGUCUCCAAAAGAGGAAGAGAGACUCAUUGAAUCCACCAUGAAGCCAGUGGUGAAGCUCCUUUAUAACCGAAGUAACAACAAAUACUCCUAUACAAGCAACUCAGAUGACAAUCUUCUGAAGAACAUUGAACUCUUUGACAAGCUGUCGCUCCGAUUCAACAGGAGGGUUCUUUUCAUCAAGGACGUCAUCGGAGACGAGAUCUGCUGCUGGAGUUUCUUUGGACAGGGACGGAAGCUGGCCGAGGUCUGCUGCACCUCCAUUGUUUAUGCCACGGAGAAGAAGCAAACAAAGGUCGAAUUCCCUGAGGCCCGCAUUUACGAGGAAACGCUUAACAUCCUGUUAUACGAGACUCCACGGGUGCCUGAUAAUUCCCUGCUGGAGGCCACAAGCCAAAAUCGGAGCCAGGCCUCCCGCGGAGAAGACGAGGACGGCAACUACGAGCCACGCGACCGAGUCAGGCGCAUUCACGUCAAGCGAUACAGCACCUACGAUGACCGGCAGAUAGGCCAUUAGGGCCCCCGGGGGCCACCCAGAGCUCCUCCUUCCACCUGGGGGGGAGGGCACGUAGCUUCAGCACUGUGGGUCCCCUCGUGGGCCCAAAUCUUCCAGGAGGCCAGCUUACAUUUCAGCCACACUGCAAUAUAGUUUGUGAAACUUUACUCCCCGAGGCCAAGUUACAGCUGGGUGGCAACCUUGUGGGUUUGAAGCCAUCCCUUGGCGGUUUUGUGUGGAAUUUGAUGGGCUCCUUUUCUGCCUCGAGACUCUUCCUGAAGACUUCGGUGCUUAAAAACAAAAAUCCAGAUGCUGAGACCAAAGAAUCACACUUAAACACUACAUUGCGACGAUGAAACACUACCGUUUUGUAGCUCCUGAUCCCCUUUCCCUGAGUAGCCAUGACACUUUUUUUUCUCCUUUAGCAGAAUGUGAUUCUUAUUAUUAUUACUAUUAUUAUUUUUUAAUUGCCAAAACUAAGAAUUGAGAGAACUUCUAAUGCCACCUCGGCUAGAAUCCUUAGGGCGCAAUGUUGCUGGGAAUAACUGGAAAUCAACUUCAUCCUGGAAAAA